CCGCUUCCCGGUGCGCCCUGCGCGGCCCGGGCAUGGGGAAGGGCUACAAGGUGGUGGUGAGCGGCGCGCCUGCCGUGGGCAAGACGGCUGUGCUGGAGCAGUUGCUGUACGGGCACCGCGCGGCCGCAGGCUUGGAAGAGGGUGCAACACUGGAAGAUGUAUAUUUGGCUUCAGUUGAAACAGAUCGAGGAGUAAAGGAACAAUUACGUCUUUACGACACUAGAGGUCUGGAAGAAGAAGUAGAACUGCCAAAGCAUUACAUCUCUGUUGCUGAUGGCUUUGUUCUUGUGUACGCUGUGAACAGCCUUGAAUCCUUCCAGAGAGUAGAACUACUCAAAAGAGAGAUUGAUGCAUUUAGAGACAAAAAAGAGGUGACGAUUGUUGUCUUAGGAAACAAAACUGACCUCACAGAGCAAAGACAAGUAGAAAUGGAAGUAGCACAGCAAUGGGCAAAGGCUGAGAAAGUGAGACUGUGGGAAGUGACUGUAACAGAUCGGAGAACGCUGAUAGAGCCUUUCACUUUUUUAACCAGCAAACUCUCCCAGUCCCAGAACAAAUCAGCAUUUCCCCUGCCUGGGAGGAAGAGCAAAGGCAAUAACUCUGAUAACUAAAAACCCUUCUUCCAGGAAAGGCUGUUUGAAUUGUCCACUGCUGAUAGUCAUGACCAGGACCUAUUCAGGCAUUUGUUUCUCAUGGUUUUUCUGAAGCAAUAUUAAAAAUCAGCAAGCUCCUGGACAGAA